GGAGGUGAGCGAGAUUUUUUGUUGUUGAAGACUGCUGUUUAGGGAGUUGACUAAUGCUGGAUAUAUUAUGUUAUUCGCCCCAUCUUUGAAAUGUGGAGAAUUGAUGACAGGAGAGUCUGAGAGCGGAUGAAAUAACGGUAAACCAUGGGUGACGUGGCUAAAGGCAAAAAGGUUUUCGUCCAAAAGUGUGCCCAGUGCCACACUGUGGAAGACGGUGGAAAGCACAAAGUGGGACCCAACUUGUGGGGGCUGUUUGGCCGGAAAACGGGACAGGCCGAGGGCUACUCCUACACAGAUGCCAACAAGGGGAAAGGCAUCGUCUGGGGAGACGGCACUCUGAUGGAGUACUUGGAGAACCCCAAGAAAUACAUUCCAGGCACAAAGAUGAUCUUUGCUGGGAUCAAGAAGAAGGGCGAGCGCCAAGACCUAGUUGCAUAUCUCAAGGCAGCUACAUCAUGAAUCAAUGUAUAACUUGAAAAACAAAUAUUUUAUUUAAUGUGUUAUUCUUUUUUCUUCUUCGUUUUUUGUAUGUGAACACACAACCGCAACAACAGCAAAAUCAACACAAAAUCAAAUAUGGCAGAACAUUCUGGAUGUUACUCAUGGUGCGCAAACUUACUGUACUUCGCUCAAUAAUUUUGUUUUUGCAACAGAACGGUCUCAUCACUGUUGUGUUGGCUUAUAUAACAUUGUCAGCAGCACUGUCUGUGGAAGUUUGGCGUUACUGGUCUCUUUUUAGAUUCCCUCCCUCAAGAAGGAAUGGCAGAGUGUAUACCCUGGUUUCACAGGAGUUCUAUGAAAGAUUAUAUAUUUAAUAUACUGUUAAUAUAAAGUGUUAUGGUACAGAUGUUUAAUUGGUUUGGUAGGAGUUGGGGAGGUAUGCUAUGCUUUACCUGAAGGAAUUGAACUGUCAAUAAAAGGCAUAGCCUUAUUUUGUGUG